ACUAACAACCCUGUAAACAAACACGUGUAAUGUGCACGUGCUUGACCAGUCGGAGACUACAUCAUAUGCGAUAUGCAUGCAAGUAAAGAUUAAGAUGGCUAACUUAAUUUUUCCUGGUCGAGCUGCCAAGCUUUUCAUUGCUUUGAAUCAACCUAGAACAAUCAACACAUUGAUGAACAGCUAUGGUAGAUUUUUCUGCACAAAAUACGGGUGUCUAAGUCAACAAGAUGGCAUCUCUCUUCCAAAGAGAUACCUUGGACAACCGACUCCCUUCACCCACAAGCACCUGCUGAAGGACGACGAAAUCACUCCACAGGUCACACGCCAAGAGUACAUGGACAGGCGCACUGCUCUCAUGUCCGCCAUAGGACGGUCAUUCAGUGGUGGCAGCAGUGGUAGUAAUCACGCGGUGGUUGUCCUGGCCGCAGAUAAGAAGUACAUGACUGAUGAUAUACCGUACCCCUUCAGACAGAACACCAGUUUCCUGUACCUGACGGGCUUCCAGGAGCCAGAUAGUGCCUUGGUUUUAGAGAGCAUCCCAGGAAGGCCGUUGCCAGAGCACAAGGCAACUCUCUUCGUCCAGCAACGAGAUCCAGAGAGGGAGCUUUGGGAUGGUCCCAGGGCGGGCACUGAGGGAGCCCUUCAGUUUCUCGGCGUCCACGAAUGCAAGCCGAUUGGCGAUUUGAGCGAGAAGCUGCACAGUCUUGCGAACAGCAAGAGCGAGCUGGUGGCAUGGUACGACGUCUUCAAACCCUCCAAUGCCACACUCCAUAAAGAAGUGAAGGAUACGUUUGUUCAACAGUGCCGCAACAGGGGACACCCUGUUAACAUCCUGGAGAAUGUUCUACAGUCGCAGAGGGUUAUCAAAUCCCCCUCAGAGCAAGACUUAAUGAGGACCUCUGCAUCUGUUGCAGCCAACGCCAUCAAAGACGUAAUGGCCUUCUCGCAUCCAGGAGUCAACGAAUCUAUCCUGUACGCCAAGCUAGACUACAGCUGCCGCGUCCGAGGGGCGGAGUUCCUGGCCUACCCGCCAGUCAUAGCGGGCGGUAGCAGAGCCAACACCCUCCAUUACAUCAGCAAUAAUCAGAUGAUUUUGGACACCGAACUGGUGCUCAUGGAUGCCGGUUGCGAGUGCCACGGCUACGCCAGCGACAUCACCCGGACUUGGCCGGUGAACGGUCGGUUCACCGAGCCGCAGGCUGAAGUGUACCAGGCCAUCCUGGAUGUGCAGAAAGAUUGCAUUGAGAUGUGCACAGUAGGCGGGACACUAGACCAAGUGUAUCACUUUAUGCUGGCCGAGUUGGGUAAAUGCUUGCAGGAAAUGAGGGUUUUGCCACCAGAACUUGCAGAAUGGGAACUCAUUAAGAUGACCAAGCAAUACUGUCCACAUCACGUGGGUCAUUACCUGGGCAUGGAUACACACGACACAGGGCGGGUAUCCCGCAGCAGUCAACUACAACACGGCAUGGUGGUCACUAUAGAACCGGGUCUGUAUAUACCUGAGUCGGACACCAGUGCGCCAGCCAAGUACCGAGGCAUUGGCAUCCGAAUUGAGGACGACAUUUUAGUCACGACUGACGGACCUGAAAUCCUCUCUGUCGAGUGUCCAAAGGAGAUUGAGGAGUUGGAAACGCUCAUUAGAAAAUAGUUUUUAAUUAAAAUACUGAUUUAUUUUGGCUACUUUCCUGGUUUGCAGCAUUGCCAAUGUUGCUAGCAUCACGACUUCUGGCGUGAUCCCUGGCUACCUGGCAUGUACGGGUUUAUGGCUUCUGACUAGCG